AUGCAGUUGAGUUUGUUGACUUUCAUAGGGCUAGUGUUGGCCACCGGUGGCUCUUUGGCGGCACCAGUCGAUUCCGUGGCCACACCAUACAUCGUACAGUUCGAGAACAACAACGCUCAGAACGAGGGCUACAGCUUUGGGGUCGAAUUGAGUGAUGACCAACGUCGCAAGGAAGAAGGCACUAUCCGGUACGGCAAGGACGACGAAGGCAACGACGUGCAAUUCGUAGCCGUCCAAGGACGCUACUCGUACGUUGGAGACGAUGGCCGCACGUACUGGGUGGAAUACGUCGCGGACGAGAACGGUUACCGCUCCCGGAUGGGCACUGGCGACUACGAUACCGAUCGCAAGCUGGAGUUGACGAACGAUCGUAAGCCAGGUCGCUUCUUCACCUAA